AUGUUCAAUAGUAAGAAUUUGACUUUGAAAUUGAACAAGUCAUUACAAAACCUUGUUAUGGACUCUCCGGCUACUCCGCUGGAACAAACCCUAAAAACUCCUAUAGACACCCCCCUUAAUCCUCAAGCUACAACCAAUUAUUUCCAGGUUGGGGCUGGUGCAAACCAACAUCAUAAUAAUAAUGGUAUUGGAAUGAAUCCCCUGUUCAACCUGUCAACAUCCUCAUUUGUCACCACUGGAUUCCCCCACCCCCCACCCAUAGUGGGGGACGGCCAUUCAAUCUAUAAUAAUCCUCAUUAUAGUCAAAGUGAUGAUGUCUUAACAGACAUAGAUGAACCGUAUAUGUCCUCAACCAAUAGUUCCGGAUCGGCAUCGGGCGGCUAUCUGCCCAAAGUGUAUUCGCUCCUGUUCAAUUCCAAAUUCGACCAAUUGCUUUUCGGUAUUUAUAACAACAUCUUAUCGUUACCUACAACCACUCCAUUCUCAGGAAAUAUCCCCCCCAGUGGAUUGACAUCAAAAGUCGCACAUGAAUGUCUCACGAAACUUAUGAAUACUCCAAAUGUCUCGUUUGAUCUUCACAAUGUCAUCAAUACGGAUUCGUUAAGAAAUUACAAUUAUCAACCCAUUUUUUUACAUUUAAUCCGGAAACGGUUGGUGGAAUUGUGUACGUUUUCCAUUGCUGAUCCAAAGUUACCAACUUUAACGACUAUCACCAUUAACUAUGGUUUGAAUGGGAACAAUUCCAACAAUACCAAUAAUAACCCGUACUCAACAUAUUCCAAUAAUAGACAACUGUCUAUUUCCAAUUUACCCUUGACUGAGUUGGCCACCAAUACACAUAACUCGUCAAUUCAAGGUCAGCAAGAAUCAAGAUCAAGAUCUUCAAGUUUACGGAAACAUACUCUUUCCCGGAACAAUUCUUAUUCUUCUAAUUCAUGGUUGCAUGUUGGGAACAUCUCCAACGUUCGGAAUAAUCACUUUAAUGCGUCCACUGAUUCUCUUCUGUCCAUUAAUGAUUUCCACCCACUGUACGUACUUAAUCGUCCAGCUGCAGGUUCAGUUGGGGGACAACCACCACAAGGAUCUCAAAAUGGAUUAGAUCUUCAACCUCCUUCAUUUUCAGCUGCUGAUUUCCAUACACCUCCAAAUUCCCAAAAGGGCUCCAUCACUGAGAUCACGCCCCCUCCAACACAUACAAAUAAUAUGAAUGGAUUUGGAACGAAGAAUCCUCUGAUAUCUUCAACAAAUUCAAUGGCAUGUGAUCUUGAAGAGUUCAAUUUUUAUUCAAAACCAAAAUCAAAUACACUGCCUUCAAGACCAAACAAUUUACCAUUCCCAACUUUAACCAUUAACGUUAAUGGUGAUAGUAAAAUGGCACCCCCACACUUUCCUACAAACACACUUGAUUCACCCUUUUUAUCAUCUUCCAAUUCAAUGGAUGGAGGCUUUUCACCUUAUUCUGCUCAUUCUCCUCUUGCUAAUGGGUUUAUGAUCAACCCACUACUGCAACAAUCAUCUUCCAUCCCACCUUCACCAGUGUCUGGAAUGUCACAAAUGGCAUUGGAUUCUCCGGGGGGGCCCACAGAUGUUCCGCCGACAUUCAAUAUUGCAUCGAAGGUUAGUUUAUCCGAGAAGAAACGGGAUUCUUUGAAAUUAAAACGUGGAAUCCAUUGA